AUGGCCACCCCCCUGAACCCUGCCAACAACGUCCCAUUCACUGUCUUCAAGAGAGGUAUGUUUGCUCGCCGCCUUAAGCAUACAGCGCGACCAGCUAACAGUUGUCCCACCGGACGACUCACAGAACAUAAUGGAAUCGCCUCCGCAAUCACCCAUGGAGUGCAGGCGGCAAUGUCAUCGCACGACAUCCAGGAACUGGCAGCCUUGACGGCAGCGAACUUCAACACCCACCACCCGCAGUACAACAUACUCGCGGGCCGAUUGGUGGCGGCGAACAUCCACAAGGUUGUCCCAAUAAGACGCUUCAGCGACAACGUGGAGCGCAUUGUUGCAGAGCAUCCCGGCCUACUCGACGAAACUUUCGUGGCGAACGCGCGCCGCUACGGCGAACAACUAGACAACAUGCUGAUGCAAGACAGAGACUUCGGCAUGCCAUACCCGUGCAUCAAGCUAAUGGAGCAAUCAUACCUGCUUCGCGUUGGUGACGCCAUACUCGAACGUCCCCAGCACGCGUACAUGCGGGUAGCCCUCGCUCUCAACGCCAACGACAUCAAUGCAAUAGAAGAGACAUACAAUAUGUUGUCUCGUAGGGCCUAUACGCACGCCAGCCCAACGAUGUUCAACGCGGGGCUCUCAGAUCAGGCCCUGAUCUCGUGCUUCGUACAGUCCGCCGAGUACACGAGCACCCCGGACGCCAUCAAAGGUAUGAUGCAGGCCUCGGAGGCUUUCCUGAAGAACAGCGGCAUCGGCAUCGGAUUAGACAAAGUCCCGGCCUACCGCCCCGACGCGAACCCCCCGCAGCCAGGCGUGAUAGCGCUGCUCAACAUGUAUCAACAAGUCGCGGAGUUCACAACGGACGCGAGGAGCAAGCGCCCGUCUGCAGCCACGGCCGUUAUACCGAUAUGGCACGCCGACGUCACCAAGGUCAUCAACAUCAGACGAGGGAACGUUCUCGGCCAAGCCCCCCUCAGGGACAUCUACCCAGCGCUCUGGAUUGCAGACUUGUUCAUGAGACGUGUCCAGGAGAACGUCUACUGGUCGCUGUUCGACCCAGCCGAUGCCCCACAACUGGCAGAACUCUACGGUGCUGCGUUUGAAGCUGAGUACACUCAGCUCGAACAGUCGAACAUACAGCGCGUAACGGUACUCGCGCGCUCGCUCUUCUAUCAAAUCGUGGUGAUGCAGAUCCGCAGCGGCACCCCGUACAUCAUGUACGCGGACGCAAUAAAUGCCAAGAACAACCAAAGCCACCUCGGGACCAUCCGCGCGACAAACCUCUGCACGGAAAUAGUGCAGUUCAGUUCCAGAACCCGCACCCCCGUAUGCGCGCUGUCGUCGCUAUCGCUUCCCGCAUUCGUAUCCAGCGACGACCAUACCUUCGACUUCGACGCUCUUCACCACGCAACAAAGGUCGCGACGCGCUGCACGGACCGGGUUCUCGACAUCAACGACUACCCCUCUCCUGAAGCCCGUGCGUCGGCAGUGGAGACUCGCGCAAUCGGGGUCGGUGUGCAAGGCCUCGCCGACGUCUUCCGGAUGAUGGGCAUCCCGUACGGAUCAGAUGAAGCUCGACGACUCAACGUCAGCAUAUUCGAGACCAUCUAUCACGGUGCCCUCGAGGAGAGCUCCGAGAUGGCCGAACGAUUCGGGCCCUUCCCAGCGUGGAACAGAUCCCCCGCGUCUCAAGGGGUGCUUCAAUGCGAUAUGUGGAACUGCACGCCAUCCGAUCGGUACGACUUCGACGCACUCCGGGCCCGUAUCGCGAAACACGGCCUUCGAAACUCCAUGCUCACCGCCGUUAUGCCGACCUCGUCGACGUCUCAACUCCUCGGCAACAACGACUCCGUGGAGCCGUAUGUCAGUAACAUCUAUACCCGACGCGCCCUAGGGGGCGAAUACCACAUCAUCUGCCCGCAUCUCGUUCAAGAGCUCGAGCGGCGUGGCCUUUGGACGCCUCAUAUGCGAAGGCAGAUCAUAGACGCACGAGGCUCGGUCCAGAACAUCACCACUAUCCCGGACCGCCUCAAAGCCGUUUACCGCACCGCAUGGGAAAUGCCCCAGCGAUACACCGUCAUCAUGGCAGCCGACAGGGGACCAUACAUCGACCAGUCCCAGAGCAUGAGCUUGUACAUGCGUAACCCCACGGCGGCAGCCCUCUACACAGCGCACAUGUACUCAUGGCAAGCUGGACUCAAGACAGGGAUGUACUACCUCCGGACGACCGCGCCGACGUAUGCAAUGCAGCCAGGCGAUCCCCGCCCUAACGGGUACGAGAGCUCUAGCGACUCCAGCGACUCCGACUCCGAUGACAACAACGACGGCAACGGCAACGACAACGACAACGACGACAACAACAUCGGCGACGACGCGGCCGACGCGGGCAACGCCGACAACAACAACGACGACGACAACGGCUUGGACUCCGACUCCGGCGACUCCAACAGCGCGCGCGCGCGCGAGUGCAUCACCACGGACGAGGUGCCUGCCCCGAUCGCCUGUCUCGCAUGCACGGCCUGA